GGCACGUCAACAGGUGGGGAACGUAAACCUUGGGGGCAUCACCCUUAUCUUCAAUCACGAGGUAUACAAAUUCAGGGAUGUAAUGUCACGUCCAUGUUGUAAACUUCGCAAGAUAAAUGUAGCUUUUCUGCCCGUCUGGGUGCCGCCUCCUCUUUGGUGUUCAUUCCGACCUGCAUGGCACUGGUGAUUUCUUGGCCGGCCGUCGUGGCUCUGAGAGCCGUCUCGAGUGGAUUCCUAGUUUUAGGGCUAGUGUUGACAAUUUUUAGACUCACAUAUCGUGUUUGGUUGAGAAGGUUCUGGGUCGAAGAUGCUUGGGCAGGUAUCGCGUUUCUAUGCGGGAUAGCCGCGUUGACUUCUUGUUGGACCUACGUUGAUGGAGCGGGCGAAGAAGUAAUUAUAUCAUUCUGGGUAUACUCAUUUGCUUUCCCCUCUGUUGUGUGGGCUGUCCGGCAAAGUAUAUUGUUCUCCAUCGUUCGCAUUGUGUACGAAACGCAGCACCUCCGCCACAUGAUACUUGGUCUGGCAGGUCUCUUCCUCGGUUUGUGGGCAGGACUUGUUGCACAAAAAGCGUGGCAGUAUGGGCACGACACCACUUGGUAUCAUACAGCUACAACUGGAAAGGUACAUGCAUUCAUGACGCGACCCAUGGUCGCGUUUGAACUGAUGAGUGAUUGCUUAUCCGACACAAUACUGGUUGCUCUGCCGUUGCGCUUACUCUGGAGUCUCAAACUGCCGAAAAGACAGAAAAGGAUGAUUUUCGCCAUAUUCUCCUCCAGCAUCAUCGUAACUAUUAUAUCUAUCUUUCGGGGCAUCUGUCAAAUAGCGAAGUAUACGACUGUUCUUCCUACGGCAACAGACUUUGAGACGUCAUUGUCGCUUCUCGUUUGCAACCUUCUUGUCGUAGUCACCUUCCUGUACCGCAUAUUUGGUUUUGUGGGUGCGGAUGACGAGGUAUCUAGCGAUGGCGACGAUUACACGACGCGAACCACUGCGCGCGAAGUUUUUACCACUGUCGACUUGGACGAUCCCGGGUCAUCGGAAGCGACGAGCAGAGAAAGUCAAGGUUGCAAUCCCAAAGGCGAGAAGACUCUUGAUACUGUGUAGCUAAUGUUUAAUCUAGUGUACCUUUCUGUCGAGACUCGAAGACUCCAAAGACUGCGAUCAUCGUGAUCGAAACAGGGCAUACUACUGCUUUCAACAACGUUGCGAUGUUCGGAUAUUAACAUGUAACAGGACUGUCAGUGUCA